AAACACAAAAUUUGUGUAACUGUCCGUGAACGAUUCGAAAUCUUAGCAACGGUUUUAGGUUUCACCCUGUCGGAAAAUUUCUUCCCCGCCGAAUUCACUCCGAUCUCUGCCAGUUUCGCCAUAUCCGAUCGAUCAAUCUAAGUGUAAUCGAACUGUGAGGGACAUAAAAUCGAGGCGGAGGUGCAGUAGCUAAGUGAAAAUGUCGGUGCAAGAGUAUCUAGACAAACACAUGCUCUCGCGGAAAAUUGAAGACGCUGUCAAUGCCGCUGUUAGGGCCAAAACUCCCGAUCCCGUUCUCUUCAUCUCUAAUCAUAUGCGAAAGGCUGUUCCUUCGGUUAUAACAAAGGUUAAAGCGAGGCAAAUUCUUGAUUGCAGAGGAAUUCCAACUGUUGAAGUUGACUUAUACACCAAUAAAGGAAUGUUUCGUGCUUCUGCUCCAAGCGGUGCUCCCUCUGGACUAUAUGAAGCUAUUGAGUUACGUGAUGGAGACAAGGGCACAUAUCUUGGAAAUGGUGUCACUAGAGCUGUUAGAAAUGUAAAUGAGAAGAUAUCUGAGGCUAUUGUUGGCAUGGAUCCAACCCUUCAGAACCAAAUUGAUCAGGCAAUGAUAGACUUGGACAAGACUGAGAAGAAGGGUGAACUUGGAGGAAAUGCAAUAUUAGCUGUGUCAAUGGCUGCUUGCAAAGCUGGAGCUGCUGAGAAGGAGGUUCCACUUUACAAACAUAUUGCUGAUCUUUCAGGCAGAGGAAACCAUGUCCUUCCUGUUCCUGCCUUCACCCUAAUAAGUGGUGGAAAACAUGCUGCAAACAAUUUGGCUAUAAGAGACAUAAUGAUACUUCCAAUUGGAGCAAAAAGAUUUGAAGAGGCAAUGCAAAUGGGUUCUGAGACAUAUCAUCACUUAAAGGCUGUUAUUACAGAGAAAUAUGGCGCACAAGGAUGUAAUGUUGGUGAAGAUGGUGGUUUUUCUCCUAAUGUCUCCAGCUUUAGAGAAGGAUUAGAUCUUGUAAAGGAGGCAAUUAACAGAACAGGGUAUAAUGGUAAAAUUAAGAUUGCUAUUGAUGUUGCUGCUACAGAUUUCUGCAUAGGUACAAAGUACGAUUUGGAUUAUAAAUCUCCUAACAGAUCAGGACAAAACUUCAAGUCAGGAGAAGAUAUGGUUGAGAUGUAUAAAGAACUAUGUAAAGAGUAUCCUAUUGUCUCCAUUGAAGAUCCAUUUGACAUGGAGGACUGGGAGCAAGCCAAGUAUUUCACUGGGCUUGGAAUUUGCCAGGUUGUGGGAGAUGGGUUGUUGAUGUCAAACUCAAAACGUAUUGAGAGAGCCGUUCAUGAACGUGCUUGCAAUGCCCUUCUUCUCAAGGUGAACCAGAUAGGGACAGUGACAGAAGCGAUUGAAGUGGUGAAGAUGGCAAAGGAUGCUGAAUGGGGGGUGGUGAUAUCACAGAGAAGUGGGGAAACAGAUGAUUCUUUCAUUGCUGACCUGGCGGUUGGUCUUGCCACUGGUCAAAUCAAAGCAGGUGCUCCUUCUCGUGGAGAGCGCUUAGCCAAGUACAAUCAGUUGAUCAGAAUCGAAGAAGAGCUUGGCGAUCAAUCGAGUUAUGUUGGUGAUGACUGGAAGCAGUCAUGAUCAUUUUUUUUUUCUUCCUUUUAUUCUUCUUUAAGAUAAAGAAAUACCAUACCAACUUUUUUUUAUUAUUGUUUUGCACCACAGAAGGCAGUACCAUUUUAAUUCUAUAUAGAUAACCUUUAUGAGAAAAUUCUCCUGAUUUUUAUGGUGA